AUGACUUCGUACUCUCUCCCUAGCCGAACUCGCCUGAGUCCCGAUAAUGAGGUUGAGCGCCUCAUUAGCGAGGCUAACCAGCUUCAUACCAUGCCACCCAAGAUGCAGCGCUUCCUCAAUACCUACCCGCUCUUCACCCGCGUCAUCGCUCGCCAGGUUCGAAUGGUCACUGCCCGUUCUCAAGAUUUCGACGAUUGCCAGGUCACGAUCUUCGACAAAGCACUCCUCGUUAUCACUCGGAACGGCAACGACAUUGGAAGUGCGAUUCCCUUUCAAUUCUUUUGUCAAUACUGGUGCGACUACGAUCCUGCCAUCGCUUCACCGACCGAAUCCAUGUAUGAUAUGGCUAAGUUCGCCGUGCUUCCUUUCGACGCCGACUACUAUGAGUAUUAUCCUGACGAUGGCACUCUUCAAGGCGGGCGCUCUUCCUCUCCCAUCGAUGUCAGCCAGCUCGGCGCAAGAAACCAGCCUGGCCUCAAGCGUCUUAUCAGCACCUAUGAGUUGGCGGUCAGCGAGUACUUUGACGUCGAGUCGCGUCAUGAUGACCAGACACUUCGAGCCGCGAAAUAUUUGCGCGACACCGCCGAGAAUACCAUCGCUUAUCUCAAAGAGACCGACAUCGAUCGCGGCAAGUUAUCGGAGAUUGAAGCCAUGUACGAGACUGCGAAGCAGGUCGUCCAGAACUUGACGGGAAGAGUCAGAAAGUUCGACAUUGGGUAUGCCACCAACGAGCAGCAGACUAACGGCCACGGUGGUCGAGGCGAAUCACGCCGCUUCCAGCACGAAUUCCGCCGCCCUGCAGGCCCGCGACGUGCAAGAGAGAAUGAAAACUGGCGGGAGGUGUCCCACGAGCCAUACGUCCGACGUGCAGAGGGUAAAGAUCGUCUUCGCCGCUCGCAGUCUCCCCCUGCCGAGCGCGGAGAGCGAGGUCGCGACAAGGUCGACGAAAGAGGUAUUCGCGUCAAGGGCCGAGGUCAAGGCUGCGGUGCCAGAGGUCACAGCGGCAUCCCCUACGGUUACCGCGAAGACAGAGUCGUCGAUAGCUACAAACCGGACGCCUAG